AUGUCAGCUCGCGAAAAAGAGUCCUCGUCUCUUCAAGCAACGGAUGGCACACGAUCCGCGUUCCUUGACCUCCCAGACGAGAUUCUACUUCAGAUCUUCCGGGAUAUCCCGCUUGUCAGAUAUGAAUGCGACCCCUCUGUCCUCCAUGUCGGCCAUAGCCCCUGGCUGGAAGCUCUCCGGACAAUGAAAGCUCUCACACUCGUUUCCAAGGCGGCCUUGGGCCCCGCUAGGACGGUCCUUUACGAGGACAUUGUACUUCGUCGAAUGGGUCAGAUACCAGCACUCGCCCGCACCCUGCAAGCCUCACGCGAACAUGCACUCCCCGGCGACGUCGCACACUUGGUACGAUCUAUCCGGAUCGACCAGUGUCCUAUCUUGGUAUCGUGCAAACAGGCGAUAUACGAUAGCCUCGGCGUCAUCCUGGAAAGAUGUUCUCAGCUCCGCUCGUUUACAUAUCAUCCUCACCGUCAAUUCCCCUUCGUAGACUACGUCGCCGGGAAACCCGAUGCUUUCGCGGCAGACGGGUUCUUCAACCCUAUAUGGCUCGUAACGCGAAGCGGACCACUUCUACGACCUCUUUCGACGACCCUCAGAACUCUCGACCUUUCUAUCCCCUUCUCCGAGAAGACACUUAUCGCAAUCCAUGGUCUCCUCGGCAGCGCGUCCGCGCUCGCCUCACUGAAGCUUUCCGCGACCAGUUUCGUACGCCGCUUCGACGUCUUGGGACCUAUAAACAUGCCCGUAAUCCGACUUCCCACCCUCACGAGCCUGGAGAUCGAAGGAAACCAUCCAAGGCUUCCGGAAUAUAUCGCAUCCCGAUGGGAAAUGCCCCAGCUUAGGGAACUCACGCUCCUCAGAUGCAGCGCAUAUCCCACCACUCUCUUCCACACCCUCGGGGCUCAUCUCACCUUCAUCCACAUCUACUUCCUUCAUCUCUGGACUGGUAACCCAGACGCCAUCCCCUCGUUCAGCAAGGAGCAAAUCGAGAAUCUCCCGCGCUUAUGUCCCGCGCUCGUGCAUCUAAUCAUCCCCGACCCGCAGUGUGGCCCCCUAACCCUCCGCUCGUCCACCCUCCAAUUCCUAGAUGUCUGGGUCGCGAGCGUGGACACCUCCGCGCUUUCUUCUCCCGAGCUCGCGUGCGUCGCGGCGCGCGAUCGACUUCUCAGUCCCGCGAGCGACGUCCCGGCUCUAUCUCGCGCGCGACUACUGUUAACGACAUUUGUUCCUUGGCACUCUCAGUCGAUGCUGAGGAGCAAGGGUCGCCAGCCGGAUUGGCCGCGCAUUUGCCAUCCGACCCUUAUCCCGCGCGAUUCACACGAAGUCCUGUUCUUUCGCUUUCCCGGGACCUGGGUCGCGCAGUUCGCCUGGGGUUUCGGAUACGCAGAGCACCCCCAAAUGGUGUUGCCUAAUCCUACGGCACUCGGCGACUCGCCGCGAGCAGGGACACCCGAUUCGACGCUAGAGGACGCUGAAAGCUCUUCCGACGAGUAUGUUGUCAACAGCUCUUCCGAAGACUCUGACUCGGACUCCGAUCAAGGAGGCGUGGAUGAUCUGGAGAAUCUGGACUUGGACCCCCCAAACUACCAACAGUACCCCGCCGUCCUUCGAUUCCACGAUCUUAAUAAUAUCGACGCCGAGCCCCAACUCGACUCUCCAGCCAUUCUCGACAUGUUCGCGCGUAGCCACGACACGCAGUACCACGCGGAUGCACUCUGGGAUCCGGAUGACUGA